UCAAGACAGAAGUUCAGGUUCUACAGAUGAAGCUGGAAGGGUAUUAUUAGCUCUCCUCUGUUUUACAUGUGCGCUGAAAUCUUUUUUUUUCCCGCAUCUGAACGGCUGUGAGAAGUAUCAGGGUGUUGCAACAGGAAGUCUGUGUGCAUGCAUAUACUGGUGCACGCCUGUGCACACUUUUUCCUGUGUGUUUGUGAGAUCCAUCUCUCGCAGCAUCUUCCCCAGAAAGUGUCUGUCCUUGAUAGUCCCAAAUGUGCAAUGCCACACCAAGAAAUCCUGUCUUAGGUACCAUGAUUAAAAAAGAAAAAACGCAUGCUGUACAGAGAGAAGAACUGGCUUUUACCUGGGUCAGCAUUGCCUUGUUCUCCCCCCUCCUCUUUUUGCUCGCUCCCUACUCGAUACACCUCCACUGCUAGCUGCUUUCCUGCCUUAAGUGUUUUAUAUCAGCACUGGAUGUAUACAGAGAUGUGCAGAAAACUUGCCCCUAGCCCAGGGAUUUGGAAAUGUCCCUGCUCACGCCUCGAGGGAUCAACAGGACAUCCAAAUGUCACCAAAAGCAAAAUCUCAGCUGGGCUGUUCCGGCGUGUGCAGCCCCCCCCAGGCCACAGCCGUUCCCGCAGGCAGGUCUCUGAGGGCCGCAGGUGCCAGGAGCUGUGCGAGGGCCGGUCCAGCAGCCCUGGGGGCAGCGCGUCUCCCUGCCCUGGGUGCGGGCUUUGCGGCAAGCGGCACCGUUGCACCGGGGACAUCCAGAUCCUCACUGAUCUCUUGCCUCCUCCAGGUUGCCACGACAAGGCAGUGCUGCUCUAUGAAUACGUGGGGAAGCGGAUUGUGGACUUGCAGCACACGGAGGUACCGGACGCCUAUCGAGGAAGAGGAAUAGCCAAGCACCUCGCCAAGGCAGCCCUGGACUUCGUGGUGGAGGAGGAUCUGAAAGCUCAUCUGACAUGCUGGUAUAUUCAGAAAUACGUCAAAGAGAACCCGCUGCCGCAGUACCUGGAACACUUGCAGCCUUAAGGCAGGACUGCUCUGACACCAGCGCGCCUGUCCCUGACUGUUCAACGCGGCCUUUGCUUCUCUGCGGUCUCAGGAAACCCCCCUCCCGCCUCCCACGCUCACAAUUCCCGUUUUUAAGUGCGUCCAUGUGGUGCAUGAGUGUGGGCACGACCUCCUCCCCUCUGCCCAUGUGUGAGCAUGGCCACGGCCCUUGGGCUGGGCUGGCCCUGGGCACAUUUCCCCCCCCGGCACUCUUCUCGAGGCAGCGGGUGGAAGAGGAUGGUUUAUCCACCAAACUCCAUCACAAGACCAGGGGACGGCUCAGUCUGCAUCUCACCCUCUCCCCUCUGCAUGGCAAUGGCUAUGAACUUGCAAGGGGAUGUUGGCUAGGGGUGGCCAUAGGGUACCACCCCCCCUUCCCUCAUGGCUGCUGGGAAGAUGCUGUGGAUUAAGCCUCAUGGCCCAGAGGGAGGUUGUGGAGGAGCCCAGGCCCCUUGGCCGGCUCAUCCAGGAGCAUCCACUGAGCACCGAGCCUUGCCCUAAGCCUUGUGGGGUGCAGGUAAAAACCUGUGGGCACUGGGAUGGUGAGAUCUUUGAGCCUAGAGAGAGGAGCCAAGUGAGAAGCAACCUCGAGCAGCGCCUUCAUCCUUGAGGGCCGCAGCAAAGCGAACAUAGCGUGACCGCGCAGAGAAAGAAACACGACUGAGUCGCAGGCACUGCCUUCUGCCCCAGACUUCUGUACAUAGCCCCGCCGUGGGAUCCCUGCAGGGCCUGCGCUGCCGUUCCCACCUCCGCUCCCUGGUGUGUCAGUAUUGUCCGUGCUGGUGUGGAUCCAGCCUGCUCAGGAGAAGAGCGCCAGCCCUCCCCAGCCAGGCCUGGCAUCCCAGCACAGCCGAAGCGAUGAGGGAAUGUCCCAGGCUUUCGCAAGCGGCUGGGUCGUUUCCUUUCGCUGCCUGUGGCUGAAGAGGAAGGAUCCCCUUAUCUCCUUCAGCUCGAGCUCUGUGUCUCUGCCCCAGAUCCUAGGGGUCUGAGCCCUCGCCGCAUCCUGGGAGCGACAGGGGAGGAAGGCCUCCGGGAUCUGCUCCUGUCCCGCUUCAGGGGUUUGAUGCUAGAGCCACCUGCCUCUGCGUGGAUGUUGGCUGUUACAGUUGUUCCCCUGCCCUCCUUGCAGGCUUUGGAAACGGACUCUGACUCGGGGCAUCAUCCAUCUGCUCACUGCCUCUCCUCGCAGCUCUGAGCCUUGCCAUGUCCCCAGGCGGUGGUGGCACUGCAGGGUCCUUGACUGGUGGCAGGGAGGAACACCGGGCUCCCACGCUGAGUCCAGCUCCACACUCUUGCAUCGCACUGUUGUCUCCAUGGAGGAUGACCCUGCAGAACGGCUCAGCGUUGUCAAACGCAGAGGUAACGCCAUUGCAGUAGCACUCAGUGGGGUGCAGACCAGCUCUGGAUUGUUGCCUGUCCUGCCUUGCCCAGGUUUUUCAGGGCCCGAGCUAGACACUGGGGGAUCUUCACAAGCUCUUGGGAUUUAGCACUGUGUUGUCAGCAGUGCUCCUGGCGUGCUGUCUCUGAGCAGCUGCUAGCUCAGCCAGGGGGCUGUAGCCAGGCAGAAAGAGAGAAAGAGCCUUUCACCUGGAGGCCAAAUCCAAAUCUAGCUUAUCUCAGUAGGGACUAAAAGUUGCAAUCUGUGUCAUGGACUGAAUGAAGCCCUAGCCAAGAGACAGCUCGGCCCUCUCCCAGAGCCCAGGGCAACGUCCACGGAGGUAAAGGCAACAGCUCCUGCAACCUUUGCUCCCGGUUGGAUCAGUAAGAGAUGGGAGACCCAUGUGCAGCCUCAGCCAGGGAGACGCCGGUGUGUUCUUCCCAGCUGCCCAGUUGAGACGAAGCCCCUGCCACCUGCCCUGCUGCUCUGGGGGGAUGCCAGCCCUGGGCUCGCUCACGGGCUGCCCGCCACCGAUGUGACACAGCCCACUGUGUGCAGGCUUGAGUAAAACCUUCCCAAACACCAUCCCUGCCCUGCUGCAGGCUGUGAAACCCCCUGCCCAUCUCAAGAGGGACCCAUGCCCCAUCCUUGAGGCUGGGCUGGGUGGCAGCCCCACCACUGGCUUGUGCUACUCAGAAGAAAGCAUCGGUCUUCGGCCUUGCCUCUGCCUCGUGUUUCUGCCCUCUUGCUGCCUAUUUCAGCCUGGCUUUUGCCUUCGGGAUGUCUUAGAGGAGCUGGGAUAGUGUCAUGGGUAGAGGACUAAAGAGAAGGGGCUCAAGAAGAAAUCUAGCCUGCAAAAUGCUAGCUCCUCAACAGGCAAAAUACACUUCAACAUCUAGUUAUAGGAGCAAGGUUGGCUGUGUUGUAGCCAAGUAGUGACAGAACCGUUCCUGCUCUUGGUCCCAAAGUGAAGCUGAACCACCUCUUCUCCUGCAAGCAAAGAUAAAAAGACACCACUGUAUCUGCAGUGCAGCAGGGCUGGGUACUUGGAAGAGAUCUCUUAGGAGCAAUAGCGCGUGCCCAGUGCUGAAAGUCUCGGCCCUGGUUUUGUGCUAGUUUCCACUGUGACGGUUUCCAGCGUUGCCACGCUGUGUCUGCUGCGUGAAGAUGGCUCACUAGAGAUGUGCUGCGGUCACUGCAUCGGCAGGGUCUACACGUCCAAGCCUAGCUGUGGAGCCCUUCGUGCUGUUUUGGCAGGAACCUCGUGCUUCCUGGCCCUGGAUCAUAAGUGACAAUCACUGCCUUAAAUCAGGCACAGCACAUGGUUUUGCUGCUGCUUCCCUUUGAGGUGCUACAGUCCCUUCAGUUUCUGACCUGACAGAGAUGUUUGCCAGUGUCCGUGCCAACCAUUUUACUGCUGUAUCUGUCCUCCACCUUGGCCUUUCCUUCUCCAUGGUCUCCAACAUUGGCUAAUAGCAAUACCCACAGGUCACCAGCGAUGCUGCAGUCCUCCACGCUCCUGUGAUCUGGCACUGUCAGGUGGGAGAUGGCUGGGGGCUCCCGUGGCAUUGGACAGUCAUCCCUCCUGCCUCUCUGCCAGCCGCCCUUUCCUCGCUCCUCCGUGCAGGAAGGAGCUUUCUGAGCCCUCUGCUGCCUGGGGAUGCUCCAUGGUGCUGACUAAGCCUGGAAGAGUUGGGGAUCCUGGACUCUCUCCGGCAAUGGGAGUGUGGAAGUGAUUUGGUUGAAUAUUGAGGUCCCCAAGCCCAUUUGAACUAUAGACUUUGGGAGGUGGGGAAAUACAAAUUGCUGUCAAACUUGCUUCCACAUCGCCCAACUUGAACUCCUCCUUUCUCGUCUGCUUUCCAGAGUUGUCUUCCUCUGUCCAAGGUUUCCAUUCUGUUGAAUUCAGUGGUUACGAUGUGCCUUUCCUUCUCAGGACCUGUUACAAAUGACCUUUCUGCUUUUAUUUGUCUAACAUUUAUCUUUAUUCCUCCCUCUGUCAUACAUGAACAUAUUGCAUGGAAUACAAUACAAUAAAAAGUGUGACUUAA